AGCAUGACCACGCCACAACCCCAAAACAAUGCCGUCGUUGCAGCGUACGGGAGAAAUUACGCCCGCUUCUCCCUGGAGCAGAGAAUACACUGUGUGCCGGUCGACGAUGAUGAGGAGCAGAAAUACGACAGUGUGAAUGACAUUCUCCGGCAGCUGCUGGGAGGACCAGUCUCGUGUGCGUCUCAGAAAUGAUGCGGAAGUUCUGGACUGCGGCUACGGAAAGGGCGCAUGGAUAGACUCUGUGCUCAAUCUAUCGGCCGAUGCGCUGUGCACUGGUGUCGACAUCUUCACCGGCGUCGGUGACGAUGAAGUCGACAACGAUGAUGACCAGGCAGACGAAGACGACGAAGAACGCGGCAUCGAAGUCUUUACGAAGAAGAGGUGGAAUCUCAACGCGCCGUUUCGAGAGGACCGUAGCGAAGAUUGUCUGAGACCAGAAACCUUCGACCUCAUCAACAGCCGCUUGCUGGCCGAUGGCAUUGACAGCGAUCGAUGGCCGUCCUUCGUGAGAGAUCUGCAUGCGUUGUUGAAACCAAAUGGCUGGGUGCAAAUGGUCGAAUUCCACUCCAUGUUCCAAUCGUCCACUGGACGUCCAACUGUUUUCCUGCAAGAAUGGUGGAACAGGUACUCGGCAGUACUGCAAGCGACACGCAAGGAUCCUAGAGUAGGUCCGCGACUCAGGCAGCUCAUGGCUGAUGCAAGAUUCGUGGAUAUACAAUACCAUCAAAUACCCUGCCCAAUGGGCGCCUGGGACGAAGAUCGAGCUGUGCUUGGCCGACAAGCCCUACCAGUCUGCCAAGAGAUGAUCAGGGAUGUAUCAGAGUACCUGUUCAAAGCAGUGGGCCGGAUGGAGGCUUCGGAAUUCGACAGACUCAUUGAAGGUGCGCAACAGGAGCUGGCACAGCCGGAACUGAAGAUAUACUUGAACGUGUAA